GCUUGUUUUUUAGUACAGUAUAAAGUCAUACCGUGUAUGUGUGUUAAAAUUAAAAUAAAAUAAUGUGUGUGAGAUGUGUGUGAGUAAACCCAUUAUAACGAGGCCAGUGUUCUGAAGCCUACCUGGAGUAAAGGUGAGAACCCGUCCUGCCACUAAUCAGUCCACCCAGCUUAAAUAUAAAAAAUUCAUGCACCGUCUUCAAACACAAUACACAUUCCAACCUGAGUUAACAUGAUAUCAUGAAACCAACCGGGGAGCCCUCAAAACUGAAACAUUUUUAAACCUGAGAGCAGUAUUCUGAUCAUGACUCUACCCAAGCUCGAUACAGUAAACUCCCAACCCUACUCCUCAGCACCAUGGAGUCCUAAGAGUACUUCUUCUAUGAGUCCUUUAUCUGUUGAGAGUUCACAAAAGUUCUUUCCUGAAAACCAGGCUGAUUUGAAGAAUUUACACUCCGUGACCGCCUCCCAAUCCAUCCACCAUGCUUCCAGCACAAACCGGUCCAUGAACGCCUAUUACAAGCAUCUAAACCGGUUUAAUAUCGAGAGGUCGACGAGUCGAGCAAACUUGAACCGGUCUGCCAAGUCAGGCCGGCCCGGGAUCCUGAAGCCGUUGAAGCUUAUGCAAGCUGAAGAUAAGGAGCAAAUGGAAUGGAUUUGUGGAAACCUGUGGGCGGAAUCAAAUCCCAAAUAUUUAAGAUCUAAAAGUGGAAAUCUUACAAAACUUCAAGAUUUCAAGCAGCAAAUAAAAUGCAAGUAUAUAUAAUAAUUUUCAAAGUAAUUGGAAACAAAAAAAUCAAUAUUAAUUUUAUUCUUUCUUGAGCGUGGUAAAACAUGCUUAGUUUCUA